AUGCAGUCAAUUUUCUUGCUGCUGGGCCUCUUUGCCGACGCCAUCUCCGCCAGCCCCUUGGGGCAACAGCCGUUGGGCCAUCUUGGUCCAGCGGAGCUACCUGGGCAACUGGUGGAGGGUUUGCGCAAACCUGUACGCGGGCGAUUCUUGCAUAUAACUGAUUUUCAUCCCGACCGCCUCUACAAACCCGGAACCUCGAUCGAUCGCUCGUGCCACCGUGGUCAAGGCCCCGCGGGGUAUUUUGGGGCUGAGGGCACAGAUUGCGAUUCACCCCUAUCACUUGUGAACGAAACAUUUCGCUGGAUCGAAGAAAAUUUGAAGGAUGAGAUUGAUUUUGUAAUUUGGACCGGCGAUUCUGCCCGACACGAUAAUGACGAAAAGCUCCCUCGCACGGCAGAUGAGAUCAUGGAAUUGAAUGUAUUCCUGUCUCAAAAAUGGGUUAGCAUUUUCGGCGAGGAGGAGGUUCGUGAGACCUUGAAUGCCGCACCCAAGAUUUCGAUCCCUGUGAUCCCGACAUUCGGUAACAAUGAUAUUAUGCCCCACAACAUCUUCAACGAGGGCCCCAACAAAUGGACAAAACGCUUUGCGGAGAUAUGGAAACCAUUCAUCCCAGAAGAUCAGCGUCACACCUUCGUUGAAGGCGGUUGGUUCACCACGGAGGUGGUCCCCGGUCGGCUAGCGGUCAUCAGCUUGAACACCAUGUACUUUUUCGAUUCCAACAGUGCGGUGGAUGGAUGCGACGCCAAGUCGGAACCUGGAUAUGAGCACAUGGAGUGGUUGCGGGUGCAGCUGAAAAUACUGCGCAGUCGCAACAUGAAAGCCAUCCUCAUGGGCCAUGUCCCCCCAGCCCGGUCGAGCGAGAAAAAGAACUGGGAUGAGACAUGCUGGCAAAAAUAUACGCUCUGGAUGCACCAGUACCGUGACGUUGUUGUCGGUAGCUUUUACGGCCAUAUGAACAUCGACCACUUCAUGCUCCAGGACAGUAACAAAGUCAAUAUUGAUUCCAAGGUUGAUGGGAAGGUGUCGAUCAACUCAAAAACCGACUACCUCCAGUCGCUUCGAAACCAAUGGUCCUCAUUGCCAUCUCCUCCGUCGGGCCUUUUCGAGGACCUUGACUCCCUAUCGAAUUUGGAGGAUCUCUCGGAAGUUGGAACGGCGAAGAAAGGCAAGGGGGGUGUAUCGCUCGUAGCUCCCAGUUUGGUACCGAACUUCUUCCCUAGCCUACGCGUGAUCGACUACAAUGUGACGGGAUUGGAUGAUGUCGCACAUAGGGCGGAAUUGCUCACAGAUGAGGUUGAUGAUACCACUGUCGGGCUCGACCAUGCUGCGAUUGAUACAACGGGAACCAGCGAUGAUUCUCUGGCUGCCCCCGGAAUUCAGAAGAAGAAAAAGAAGGGCAAGGGCAAGAAAAAGAAGCCCAAGUUCAAAGUCCCCGAGCCCCCAUCCCCAACCGCUCCUCCGGGUCCUGCAUACUCCAACCAAGCGUUCACUUUGCUUGGCUACACGCAAUACUACUCGAAUCUAACAAAAAUUCACGAACAAAUCGCGGCAGGAAAACGAGGCGAUGAUCCUCGUAUCGACUACGAGAUCGAGUACACCACAAGCGAUGACGUGUAUCAAAUGAAAGACCUGACAGUGCGCAGCUUCUUCCAACUCGCUGCCAGAAUUGGCGAGGAAGAAGCCGAAGCAAAACAGACCGACGCCAAUAGCGAAGACGCUGAUUGGUCUGUUGCUAAGAAAAAGCCAGUGAACAACGUGUGGCAGGCUUUCUUGAGGCGCGCAUUUGUUGGCUUCCCAGUUGAUGACCUGGAUGAAUAG